GACGACGCCACACAGGCUGAGCCUGACUAACUGAGGCUACAGCAGCAACGGCUAUGGGCGGCACGCCGGUGCGGUGGCCGCGGGUGCUGGCCCCGGCACAGCUCGCCGGGGCCAUUCGCCGGCAGAAGAACCCCCUCGAAGCCGUCCACCUGUACUCGGACUCGCCUCGCCGCUACCCGCCCUCCUCCUACCGCCACAACGACGACGUCCGCUCCUCCCUCCUCGCCGCGGCCGCCGGUUCCCCCGCACUCCCGUCCCUCCUCCGCCGGAUCCUCCCACCCUCCCCCUCCGCCGACUCCCUCCUCGCCGCUUCGAUCCCCAACCUCUCCCCAGCGGCCGCCGUCUCCAUCUUCCGCUCCUCGCUCCCCUCCUCCCCGUCCCCGUCCUGGUCCCUCUCCUUCUCCGCCCUUCUCCGCCGCCUCGUCUCCGAGAGUCUCCUCCCCGAGGCCGCCCGCCUCUUCGCUGAGUUCGCCGGGCGCCCGGAAGUCUCGGUAGUAUCCGGAGACCUUACUCUUCUCAUAUCCGGCCUCUGCCGCGUGCAGCGUCCUGAGCUGGCGCUGCAGGUGCUCGACGAAAUGCCAAACCUAUGCCUUACGCCGGAUAGGGACGCGUACCGCGCGAUCGUGCCUGCACUCUGUGACGCUGGCAUGCUCGACGAGGCCACGCAUGUCCUCUACUCCAUGCUGUGGCGCGUAUCGCAGAAGGGCUGCGAUGCAGACAUUGUGGUGUACCGGGCAUUGCUGUUUGCCCUCUGUGCGGCUGGCCGAGGUGAACAGGCUGAGACUGUUCUGGAUAAGGUGCUCAGGAAGGGCCUGAGAUCACCAGGUAGUCGCCGGUCUCUUCGUGUGCCAAUGCUUGCUGUGCUUAACCUCGACGAUGCCCAGGAAGCUAUUGACAAGGCGUUGGCUGUGCGAGGUGGCCGUACUGUUGUGAGCUUUGAGUCCAUUAUUCUUGACCUCUACGACGAGGGUCGAUUUGGUCAGGUGGAAAAAUUGUUUGAGGACAUGGCCAAGAAGGGUUUCAAGCCAACAAUGUGCAUGUAUGAGGCAAAGAUCACUGCUUUAUGCAGGGACGGGAAUGUGGAUGACGCUGUGAAGGUGAUGGAGGAGGAGUUGCCCAAGAAUGACCUUGUUCCAACUGUGACAACUUAUAACUUGCUAAUGAAGGGUCUUUGUGACACAAAGCAAUCAUUGAGGGCACUAGAAUUACUCAAGAAGAUGGAUAGGCAGCUUGGUUGUGUUGCUCAAAAGGACACGUUCUCUAUCUUGGUGUAUGGGUUGUGCUCAGAAAGCAAGUUCAUUGAUGCAUCAAAGUUAAUGGAGAGGAUGGUGAAGGGGCAUCAUCGUCCCGACAGAAGUGCAUUCAACAGUGUCAUUGAAGGUUUAUGUUCUGCUGGCAGAACAUAUGAUGCAUUGCUAUGGCUAGAGGAGAUGAUCGACCAUGGAGAAACACCAGACAUCCGUGUUUGGUCUUAUUUAGUCUCAGCGGUAUGUAUGUCCCAGUUUGAAGCUUUAGGAACUGGACUGCUGGAGAAAGCUGAAGUUGGAACUUUGCCAGAAGUGGAGUUGGGAUUCAGCCUAGAAAUCUCUUGAAACCACAACUGCACCGAAAUGAUUGUAAGCUGAUCCAAAUGACCAAGAGUAGAACCUACAUGCAUGAAGCUGGUGAGGUGCUUCGAGGCCAAGUGAAUGCAGAAGAUGGAAUGAGGAGCAGAUAAUCUAGGUUUAGCAAGAGCAGCAGCAGUGGGAACGGUAGUGCAGAAGUGGGGGAACAGUGACAGUGAUGGCAAUCAAAGUGAUUCGACCAGCUCCGGAGGUGAUGAUUGUAUAUGAGUUUCAUUUGCAGAGUCUUGCUUUGUACAUCGGCCAAUUUUACAUUCUUAGCAAAAGCGUUUGCUACAAAUUGUGAUCUAUGGGGCUACAGAGCGUUUGCUCCAUCUGUGUGGUCGGUUUUAUGUUCACUAAACCUAGCAUAUACCGAUCGAA